UAGCUACAAGGAACGUACUCGAAUGUGGCGAAUGGCCCCGAAUGUACCCGAAUAUUUUUGAUAGUUUUAUACUCCGAAACAGAAGCGAGGAGAAAAUUUAGGAAAUAUGAUUGUGCGGAGUAGAAGCCUGACACAAAUCGGAAGAUACAGCAAAUAUAAAAGAUGGAUGUCAAGCGUGUCGACUAGGAAAUAUGCGGCGGUGUGGGGAAAUGGAGAUUUCGGGAGGUUGGGUUUGGGAUGUUUGGAUUCUCAAUGGAGGCCUAAGCUUCUUCGUACCUCUUCCUUCUCAAAUCAAGACCUCAAGUCCAUUGCCUGUGGUGGAGCUCACACUCUCUUCUUAACAGAAGAGGGGCAUGUUUAUGCUGCUGGUCUUAAUGACUUCGGCCAGCUUGGUGUAUCGGGCAAUGAUACUUAUAUUAUGAAACCUAUUGAAGUCUCUGGACUCGAGAAGGAGAUAAUACAAAUUUCAGCUGGUUAUCACCACUCUUGUGCUAUUACAGUGGACGGGGAGCUUUAUAUGUGGGGAAGGAACUCAAAUGGACAACUGGGCCUGGGCAAAAAAGCAAAAGGAGCAGUCCCUCUACCAACAAAAGUGGAAUGCUUGAAUGGACUCACCAUUAAAAAGGCUGCUUUGGCUUCAGAGCACUCAAUUGCUGUUACUGAUGAAGGUGAGACGUUAAGUUGGGGAAGGGGAGGCUGUGGGCAACUUGGUCAUGGGAAUCAUUCAAGCAUCUUAGGGUUCUUGAGAAGCUCCAGUGAGUACACACCUAGGCGUAUUAAGAAACUCGAGGGAGUUAAGGUUAAAAAUGUUGCAGCUGGAUUGCUUCAUUCAGUGUGCAUUGAUGCAAAUGGCUCUGUUUUUGUAUUUGGUGAAAAAGCAGCAGAUAAAUUCGGUUUUGGGAAUGUAAAUGAUGCUGCAACACCAUCUAUUGUAGACGAAUUGCCAUGUUCUGAAGAAGUUGCAUGUGGUGGAUACCACACAUGUGUAGUCACAAGUGGUGGGGAACUAUAUGCAUGGGGCGACAAUGAAAAUGGUUGCCUUGGUAUUGGUUCUACCAAUGCCUUUCAUUUGCCAGAAAGAGUUCAAGGGCAUCUUUUGAGAUCUCCGAUUGACAAGGUUUCCUGUGGUUGGAAGCAUACAGCAGCAAUUUCUGAAGGCAACAUCUACACUUGGGGUUGGGGUGGUUCAAAUGGAACAUUUUCUGAAGAUGGACAUUCCUCUGGUGGACAAUUGAUCUUUGUGCCUUGCAUUUUGUUGCAUACAGGGUCAUGGCAGUGAUGUGGACUGUGCAAACCCAACUUUGGUAUCUUUUGAAAAGAAUGUCAAGCCAUUGCAAGUAUCAUGUGGAUUCAAUCACACAGGCGCUAUAGUUGAGACUGUUGAAUUUUAGGCAAUCAUUUUUAUGGAAGGUAGAAAUUUUUACCAUUUACUUUUGUAAAGAGAACCUCUGAAUGUUGCAUUGUAUGUAAUGAGGUCAAUAUUAAUGUACUUAAAACACCAAUAAAAAUAUGUGCUUAUGUAGUUAUAUACAAAUAAAAGUUUAAUACUGUACUUGCAGUGGCAGCAAUAGCAAUCUAGCCAGCAAAUGUA